AAGACAAAAAGAAAAAUGUUAGUUGGUUCAUAGCUCGUAACGACUUUCCAAUCGAAGGAAGUUUCAGCAAUGGCGGAUGCGUACUUCUCUCUCUUCACCCUCAUCGUUCUCAUCCCCUUAGCCCUCAUCGCCUUCGUCUACUUCCUCGUGCGCCCUCGCCCCGUCAAGAUCCCGAUCAAGAAUCGCCACGUCUUCAUCACCGGUGGAUCCAGCGGCAUCGGCCUCGCCCUCGCUCACCACGCCGCCGCCCAGGGCGCCCGCGUCUCCAUCCUCGCCCGCUCCCGCAACAAGCUCGAGGAAGCGCGCAAUGCCGUCCGCCUCGCCACCGGCAUCGACGUCUCCGUCUUCGCCGCUGACGUCAGGGACUACGACGCCGUGAAGCGCGCGGUGGACGAGGCUGGGCCGAUCGACGUGCUGCUGCUUAACCACGGCGUGUUCGUGGCGCUCGAGCUGGAGAAGCAGGAAUUGAGUGAGGUCAAGUUCACGCUGGACGUUAACCUCAUGGGAAGCUUCAACCUCAUCAAGGCGGCGUUGCCGGCCAUGAGGACCAGGAAGGACCCGCAGCAACCGGUUUCCAUCGCUCUUGUCUCUUCGCAGGCCGGUCAGGUGGGAAUUUAUGGUUAUGCAGCUUAUUCUGCCAGUAAAUUUGGCCUCCGUGGUUUAGCAGAAGCAUUGCAACAAGAAGUUAUAGCAGAUAACAUUCAUGUCUCUCUGAUCUUCCCUCCGGACACGGAUACUCCCGGAUUCGCCGAAGAAAACAAGAGAAAACCAGAGCUCACCAAAAUCAUUGCAUCCUCUUCUGGUGCAAUGAAACCUGAGGAGGUUGCUCAGAAAACUUUUGAUGGCAUAAAAUCUGGGAGCUUCAUCAUUCCUUGCAAUUUGGAGGGAAUUGCACUGUCAUUAGCAACUGCAGGUUUAUCCCCUCAAAGGUCAUUCUUAAUGGCCACAGUUGAGGUUCUUGCGGCUGGAAUACUGCGUAUUGCAGGACUAUGUUUCCAGUGGACUUGGUACACAAGUAUAGAGAAGUGGCACAACCAAAGAAAAGCAGGUUCACCUCAAAGGAGCUGAAACACUUUGAGCUCGGUCCUUGUUUUAGGAGACUUGUAGCGGAUAUUGCAACGUAGUUUUCUUCAAAUCUGCUCUACACUGAUAUAUGGGGAAUUUUGAUUGAUUGUCAACUAUGUGAUCUCGAUCAAAGACAUACAUUCCAAAUUUGUAGUUUCUGACAUAGAAUCCUUAAUAUAUUUGAUAGAGAAAGUGAAAAACGAAAAUAAAGUUACAUCUAGUUUUUCAGGUCUGUCUGUCAGUUUUGUUUUAUUAAGCAAAUGAAAUGUUUUGCAAUUCUGAAUCAUUCAUUUUCCACGGUCCUACUUUCAACUUUACCAACUUCACCUUUUCUUUUUUAGUAAGAGGUGUACGCACUACGCUUCCAUCCUUAAUUAGUUAUUUUAAGAGACUAAUGGCAACCAUAAAGAUCGAUUCAUGCAAUUGUUUGAGGUUAGCUAACCAAGAAUAUCAAAGUUUCUACAUAACUCAUAAAGCACUAAUCAUACUCCUAAUCCUAAUUAAUGAACAUAAUAUGCGACAGGCUGAAUUUCAUUUCAAAUUCAAAUAUACUGGUCAAGUAAGGAGCACAAACAAUGUCUCAUCCAAACUCCAAACACAUACAUAUAGCACAAUGAUUAUCACCACAAACCCUAAACCCUCAAUUGGAAAAAAAAAAACCUUUUAAACAAAUGGCUUCCCUAUCAAAGUAGUUUGAUUUCCAAAAUCCAAUUGGGGCAACGAGAGGCGCAUUCUAUGAACUUCGUUCUGGGAACGAGAAGGAUUCCUGAGAAGGCGAAGAGGGUGGUUAUUCUGGUUCAGAAUCAGAUUGGAGAAGCACGUUUUGGUGCUGAGCUUUUUGGAGUGGCUUUGAAUUUGUAGAUGUCUUGAAGCUUUCUGUGUUCCUCAAACCACCGCCCUCCUCCGCAUUUGACUAUUCAGAAGGCAACAGUUCUUGAUAAGGUCUCUGGGAGGUGGCAUUGACCAUUCUAGAAAUAUGCAGCAAGACUUAAGAUCUGUUGAGGUUGAUGCUGAGAGUGUUAUUAGAUCAAUUACUCCUGCCCUUGAUCCUACUAGACAUAAAGGCCAGG